AUGCUCCUGGCCUCGGCCGUGGUGGUCUGGGAAUGGCUGAACGAGCACGGCCGCUGGCGUCCCUACAGCCCGGCCGUGAGCCACCACAUCGAGGCGGUGGUCCGCGCCGGCCCCCGCGCCGGGGGCAGCGUGGUGCUGGGCCAGGUGGACAGCCGUCUCGCGCCCUACAUCAUCGACCUGCAGUCCAUGAACCAGUUCCGCCAGGAUACCGGGACCCUGCGCCCAGUUCGCCGCAACUACUACGACCCGUCCUCGGCGCCCGGGAAGGGCGUGGUGUGGGAGUGGGAGAAUGACAACGGCUCUUGGACGCCCUACGACAUGGAGGUGGGCAUCACCAUCCAGCACGCCUACGAGAAGCAGCACCCCUGGAUCGACCUCACUUCUGUCGGCUUCAGCUACGUCAUCGACUUCAGCACCAUGGGCCAGAUCAACCGGCAGACGCAGCGCCAACGCCGCGUCCGCCGGCGCCUGGAUCUCGUCUACCCCAUGGUCACGGGCGCCCUGCCCAAGGCCCAGUCCUGGCCGGCCAGCCCCGCGUCGGCCGCCUCGCCCGCGGCCCCGCCCUGCUCCUGCCCACAGUGCGUCCUGGUGAUGAGCGUCAAGGCCGCCGUGGCCAACGGGGGGAGCGCGGGGCCGCUGCAGCCCCCGGCCGCCCGCAAGCACAUGCCCCCGUCUGGGGCGGCCAGGCUGCCCCCUCCACCAGGCCCUGCGGCCAAGCCGCUGGACAGCACGGGCACCAUCCGAGGCCCGGUGAAGCCCGUCCCGUCGCAGGCGAUCCGGCGACAGGCCUCCGGCACGCCGGCUGGGGUGACCAUGGGCUCUCCUGCCAGCCCCCCCGGAGCCAACGGCAAGACGGGAAGGGUGGCCCUGGCGACUUUAAAUCGGACCAACCUGCAGCGACUGGCCAUCGCCCAGUCCCGGGUGCUGAUCGCCUCUGGGGUCCCCACUGUGCCAGUAAAGAACCUCAAUGGGUCCAGUCCUGUUAAUCCGGCCCUGGCAGGAAUCACCGGGAUUCUCAUGAGUGCAGCCGGGCUGCCCGUGUGCCUCACCAGGCCGCCCAAGCUGGUUCUCCACCCACCCCCGGUCAGCAAAAGCGAAAUCAAAUCCAUCCCGGGGGUUUCCAACACGAGCCGCAAGACCACCAAAAAGCAGGCCAAGAAAGGUAAAACCCCAGAGGAGGUGCUCAAGAAGUAUCUGCAGAAAGUCCGGCACCCGCCAGAUGAGGACUGCACCAUCUGUAUGGAGCGCCUCACGGCCCCCUCGGGCUACAAGGGCCUGCAGCCAACAGUCAAGCCUGACCUGGUGGGAAGGCUGUCCAGAUGCGGCCACAUCUACCACAUCUAUUGUCUGGUCGCCAUGUACAACAAUGGCAACAAGGACGGAAGUUUGCAGUGUCCAACCUGUAAGACCAUUUAUGGGGUGAAGACAGGCACCCAGCCUCCGGGGAAGAUGGAGUACCACCUCAUCCCUCACUCCCUGCCCGGCCACCCCGACUGCAAAACCAUCCGGAUCAUCUACAGCAUCCCUCCUGGCAUUCAGGGGCCGGAACACCCGAAUCCUGGGAAGAGUUUCAGCGCCCGUGGCUUCCCAAGACACUGUUACCUUCCAGACAGCGAGAAAGGGAGAAAAGUGCUGAAGCUGCUGCUUGUGGCCUGGGAUCGCCGCCUCAUCUUUGCCAUCGGUACCUCCAGCACCACCGGCGAGUCAGACACCGUCAUCUGGAACGAGGUCCACCACAAGACAGAGUUUGGCUCUAAUCUCACGGGUCACGGCUACCCAGAUGCCAAUUACCUGGAUAAUGUGCUGGCUGAGCUGGCUGCCCAGGGCAUUUCCGAGGACAGCACUACCCAGGAGAGGGACUGA